ACUUGGAUCUAUAUUAUUGAUGGAAAAGGCAUCCGUUACUUCAACAACUACUCUUUAAUGGUAAUAGCUGGAGAGCCAUACAACGUCUCAUGUGCAGCAACACAAGCAAGGCCUCCUGCAGUUCUGCAAUGGCUGGUACCAGAGGGCGUGGCCGUUGUUCAUCAGGAUCAGUCUGAUGACACUCAAGGCAGUUUUUACAUCUCCAGGAAAUCGAUUACAAUCAUGUCCUCGAGAAUUGACCAAGGAAAGAUUUUAAGCUGUAUUGCAUUACACCCUGAACUACAAAGAAAUCUUCAAUGCUCUGUUCAUCUCAAUGUUCAGGUACCUCCCAUAAAGGUGCUGCUCUUUCCAACUGGAGAUAAACAGUCAGAGUCAAGACACAUAAACGUUCAAAACGAUUCACCGACUUCAAUUACUUGUAAAAGUAUCGGGUCAUUCCCAGCAACCGAGCUAUCAUUUCAGUUAGAAAGUGACACCGGUCUUGCUGACAUGAUCCCUAUUCGUGCAAAUAUCUCCAGCAAAAGGAGUACUUUAGACGAUGCGUUGUUCGACACCGAGGGAAAUAUUACCAAGCACCUAAAUAUUGAGCAUCAUGAGAUGUACAUUUAUUGCUAUGCAUCAUUUGAAAAACACGUAGUCGGAUUUACGUUCACCAAAGUGAUCGUUUACGGCCCACCAGAAGGUAUCAAAAUUACUUAUCCAGUGGACUUCUACGAAGGUAUAGAGAUAAAUGUGACCUGCAAAGCUGUUAAUGGAUACCCCGCACCGCAUAUCCAUUGGUACAUCGGAUCAAGAAAUCAUACAGAGGAUUCGGCUUUAAACUUUAGUGAAAAUAAGGCUGGUCGAUAUGAUGCUGAAAGCAUCCUAAAUCUAAUACCGAAGAGGUUUGAUCAUGGGAAAAGUCUUCUAUGCGAGGCAGUUCAACCUACAACACUUCCAGCUCGUUCGGUGAAUCAAAGCUUGGUUCUGAACAUAACAUAUCAUCCCGUUGUGAUAAUUACUGCUCGACAUUUUACAUCAAACAAAGCAAGUGGGACUCCUAAGCUCGCGUUGACAUGUAAAGCGGAGGCCAAUCCUCCUGUCUAUACCUUCCAUUGGCUAUGCAACGAAACUGUAGUGUCCAACGACACCAACUACAGACUCACCGAGACUAUAUAUGAAGAUGCAACACGAACAUCGAGCGUACUUGCGAUUCAAAACCCACUCUCCAAAUAUCAUUGUGUUUAUAAUUGCACCGCUGUAUCAGAAUACGACUCGAGAAGUGCAGAAUUCAAUUCCCUUUAUUUGUAUUUUAUCCCGAAUCCACCAUCUGAUUUCAUCAUGCACCGAAAUCAGACGAGAUCUUCAUCUCUUUUCGUUGUCUGGCAACCAGGAUCAACAUUAGGGUAUGAGAAUAUUGAUAUAUUGGCCAUAUACACGUUGUCGUUAAAACAAAUCCUCAUACAUGAUGAAACUUUUGUAAAUAGUUCCAAGAACCAAACGGAGACUGAUAAAAAUUAAAACGAAGUGAAACGAUCACUUUGACAAGAAUAUGACUGCAAGAAACGGAGCAGUGUGAAAAAAAGAUAGGAGUAUCACUUUCCACACUU